ACGAAUCCUAUUAUAAUCGAUUGUAACGGCGAUUUUCAAUUGUUUCGUUUUUCGCUAGGCAAGGGGCUGCGUUGGGGCUGCGUUCAUAAACACGGAGUUGAUGACCGUGGGAAGUCUUAACAAAACGCCAAGAAUUUCCCAAAACGCCGAGAUCAACUUUGGUGCAUCCCAUGUCCAACCUGCCGAAUGAUGGACGAUUUCCUGCCGCCCCGGAGGCUUAUGUCAUUCGGUGCUGAUUAUCCACUUUUGCAAAUGCACCCCGCGCUGCCUUUUUCCAAACUGCUGCCCUCGGAGUCCGUGUCCAGAGACAUGACGAGACACCGAGCAGAACGGAUCAACGUUGACUCCGAUUACCUCAGCUACCCCCAGGAUGAAAUCAUGCGAGGGAUGUAUAUUGCUGGCCAACCGUUGACUCCGGAGCACAACUACUUUGAAAUUGAAAUUCUGGACAAAGGUGUUGAGAGCACAAUAUGCCUCGGUGUUUGUCCGCGUGAUCAAAGUAUGGAUGUCCAGCCGGGAACCACUGCCGACGGUGUAGCCUUUUACAUCGAGAGUGGGAGUAUUCUUCGUAAUUCCAAAGGAAUUGAAUGCAUUGAGGGCUGUGAACUGGGUGACCACAUUGGAUGUGGAGUUAAAUUUGACCAAAUGGUUCCUGGCUCCAAAGUUCCAGUCUUUUUUACAAGAAAUGGAAAAGAGAUUGGAAGUGUCAAAGCCAGGGUACCCUACAAGGGUUUCUUUCCUAUGGUCUCGAUGAGCUCUUGUGGUGAGGAAGUCAGAAUCAUGACCCAGAUGCAUUACAUUCAAGAUGAGGACGUCAUGAUGUCGGUAGACAGCUGCGAAGACGAGUGGUACCGGCUCUCGGACAUCAAGCUCAACGGACCAGUCCUAGAGUACAAGGGCAAAGGCAAGAGUAUCAUAGAUGUGGGUCUGGCACAAGCAAAGCAAGCACUUAACACAACCAACCACUACUUUGAGAUCGAGAUAAUUGACCCGGGCGAAAGCUGCUACAUUGCCAUCGGCCUUACAAACAGAGAAUUCCCUCGAUAUCGACACCCUGGCUGGAACAAAGGCUCAAUAGGCUACCAUGCUGACGAUGGGAAAAUCUUCAUUGGCAGCGGUGUGGGCGAGCCCUUUGGCCCUAGGUGUCACAAAGGGGACAGAAUGGGUUGUGGCAUCCACUUCCCUCGAGACUUUGAGCCUCAAGACUGUGAACAGGGCGCAGAAGAUGUUGAAGAGGACGAAGAAGACGACGACGGCCACGGGAUGAGACGACUCAGGUACGAAAGACUUAGAGCUUCAAAAAUUGGAAAUUCGCCAGAAUCUCCACCUGGUGAGGCAAAUUUGAUUGGAAUCGAGGACGGUAGUGAAAGUGAGGAGGACGAUGAGUGGGAGUACGAGGAUGGAAAAUCGUCGGCGCCUUACGUGGAAGUGUUUUUUACCCGAAAUAGCAAACUGAUUGGUAAAAAGAGAGUGUUGAUUCCAAAAGGGGGGUUCUACCCAACCGUAGGUAUGUUGAGCAUCGAUGAAAAGGUACGAGUCGACCUGCACCCCAUGACAGGUUGACUGAGCCAUCAAAAUGCCACGUUUGUUUUACUGUGAUGCCAGUUGCGGACAAAACUUGAUUGGUUUUUAAAAUCACAAAUAUCAUAUUAGUAAAAUGUGCACAAACUCAGUAUUAGUUGUAUUUCAGUGGAGUUGAAAUUUGUUGUGCUACGCUUCUGUUUUUGUGGUCAACAUAAACCACAUCAAGUCCGUCCGUAAACUGAUUAAAGUCAUGUUGUUUCUUUUUUUGUCAAUGUACUCUGUUACUUUUUUACAGAUAAAUUAAAUCAAACUGUUCAAAAGAAAAUUUUUUGGCAAC